AUGCCGCUCGCGAACCUCCAUACCAGCGCGGCCAUCGGCUGCAACAUUGUCUUUCUAGCAUUGGUGUAUUACUACACCAACAUCUACAGCCCGCUAUUCGGCCCGUCAAGCUUCGAGGACGUGCGGGAUGUGACCAGCGUCGACCACCAUAUCGAAGAUGUCGCUGCCUUCACCACUUCCGCAGCAAGUCUGACCACAGCAGCGCCUUCUGGUAGUUCGAACAGACCAGUCGCGGACAUUGACAAGUUCACGUUCACACACACCGUCACGCAGUACGCGCCAAAGCCGACCUGGACCGACCCUCAGCCAUGCGAAGAUCCUUACCGACGACCAGGAUACCUCUACAUCCCACCUUACGAAAGCACUGUCGAAUACAAUACAACAGUAGGCAUUCCCUACUUGGCCGAUGCCCCGAAAAACAUGAGUGAAGGCGGCGAGCCAUGGUUCAUGGAUUCCGUCUACGUGCCUUACUACGACAACUACCUUCUCCACGGUCCUCCCCACAACGCGAUCUACCCGCCGAUAGAGAAAACAAACAACUGGCUCGAGCACUACUUCAACGACCAGAGCGAAAUCCCAGCUGAACUCCUCCACACAGCGCCGAUCAACUGGAUGCGUUUCCUGCGCGAGCUCAUCCAGGCAAAGGACAAGGCGCCAAAAUCACUCCAAGACUCGUUCAAAUGGCUCCGCAACAAGCGCAUCCUCAUCUGGGGCGACGCAAUCGACCGCGAUAUCGUCCAACACACAUGUACGGUGCUCGGUCUUGCAUCCGAGAUCAACCUGUACGGCUACAACACCGUCUCGCACUGCGUGAUCGAGCAGCUUAACUUCACAAUCUUCCACUGGGAUCUGCCAUCCAUGUACGUCUCGCGACCAAAAUGGUGGCUCCUGCAAUCGAUGGACGUUGUCGCGUUCGAAAACCGGACCGAGACUGUCUUCAAAAAUCACACUGCAGCCGUCUACGGCAGCCUCUUCAAGCACGCGCCAGAUCUCAUCCUGUACCAAUCACUGCUGUACGAUUGGCGCGCAGAUAUGCGCGGCCGCCACGAGAAAAUGGCACGGCGCAAAGCAUCACCGGAAGAGAUUGCUAAAAUCCCGCUUGUGCGGCCGAUCCGCUGGCCAGAGCUCGAUUUCUACCGCGUCCGACAGAUCAAGUUCGUGCACCAUCUACGACGCAUGUUUGGAUCAAAAGUGCCUAUCCUCUACCGCACAGCCACGCCGCGAAAUUCCGCCCACAAAGCUGACGAGGGCAUGCACGCGCUCGACUCGAUGUCGCGACUGAUCGCGGCCAACAAUGAUAUCGAGGUCUUUGAAUGGGGCCAUCAUCUCAAAGGAUACGCUUCUGGUGCGUUUUACGACUCUGUGCAUGUACGACCUGGUCCUCACUCGCUGCUAUACUCAAAUAUGUUGCUCCAUUAUCUGUUUAGAGCUGCUGGAGGUGUUGAGGCUCGAGGUGUCGUCAAGGUCUGGCCUGGCGAGGAUAGAAAUCACAACUGGGGUAGGUGUCAUGACUACAACAAACCCAUUUGGCAUUCAUAA